GGGUCCACCGGGCACGGGGCGCCGAGGCCGAGGGUGAAGGCGCUUCUCGCGCACCCGCCGCGAGCCCCUGGGGCACAGGGGAAGCAAGCUAAGUCCUGCUCCAAGCUUCUCCACCGCCGCACUCCCAGGAAUUCCGCUUUGCGAGCGAAACCUCGUGGGCCUGGGGACGCGGACUGGAGGGGACGGAGAGUGGGGUGGGUUGCGCGGUGCCUGCGGCCCUGUCCGAGCUUUUCAGGCCUUGUCCCCUACCGCGGGCCUCGACCCCGCUCCCUCCCAGCCAGCCUGCAGAUGAGGUCAUGCCCGAGCCGUCCGGGGGUGGGGGGCUGGAUCCCGCGGCGGAGGGUGUGUGUGGCGAGGCUGGCAAAGGCAGAGAACUCCGGCGGCUUCUACCCAAUCGGGAGGUGGGGAGCGGACGCCUUGUUUUGUGAACCGCUCCCAAAGGCAACGAGGGUGGGGAGAACCGAGUUUGUUUAUAGACCUGAGCUCCAGGCUGGGAUUUGGGGAGGAAGAGUCCUGUACUCCGCCCCACUGCACAUCUGGAGCCUCCUGGAACAUCUGGCUGAGCUCGCGCCGGAGCCCCGCACUUCCACCACCGCCACCGCCCCGCUUCGAGGUGCCCCCAUGUCGUGCACCGCCCUUGGGCGUUCAGAGUCGAGCCCCAGUGGGGUAGUAAAAGGAUUCCCUAGUUCCCCGCCCUUCCUACCCACUUCCAAAACACCCGGUAUCCGUGGCGACCCGCAGCGGCGUCCACAGACAGGCAGAUUACUCGAGGCUGUGGUCACAACCAGGUUGCUGGCCAGGCCUCGCUCCGCCUCGCAGAUAACCUUGAAGCCGUGCUCCCGGGUGCUCAGCGUCCCGGGAUCGCCGGGUCUGCUUUGAGGGCUGCGCUGCCUGAGGCCGCUGCACCUUAUUCGAGGCGUGGACUCUGCCGCUGCGCGCGGCGCCCGUCCCGCCCGGCACUGACGCGGCUGGGUAACUAAAGCUUUGCGUAUCUUCCCCAGCUGCGCCCGGAGAGGCCGCCCGAGCGGGGGCUUGUAGAAACCGUACCCCAAGUCUUAGGACCACCUGUUGACAGCGCGGCGCUGGGGCUGCUGCGCUUGCGGGGUCCUGUAUGUGCACAGCCCGGGGCAGCCCCUGCUGAAGGCGGGGUGACUUGGAUCUGUUCCCCGGUGGGGUCAGAAGGGACCUCUGUCCUUUACACGCUGCGCUGUGACGCGAGCCCACUACGCGCCUGACCCCAGGAGACUCCGCGCAGAGCCUGAAGUAAGGGGCCGGUCAGUCAGGCCUGAUCAAGGCAAGUGGAUAUCCUAUAGAGUGACCAGGACUGAGAGGACACUCACUCCACGCCUCAUCCCAUGCCCAGACCCGGACCCCCGGUGCAGGAAGAGAAGUCUUGCCUGAAGUCCCACGGUGCUGGAGGCUGCGGCGAUCCCACCUUGAACCGGGUUUAGCGCCCCCUGGCGGGCCGGGGGCUCCGGGAGGCGAGAGCGCGCUGACUCGCAGGACGCAGCUGAGGGUGACCCAGCGGCCCGCAUGGCUCUCCUGGACGUUCUUACAUGGGACAAGAAUAAUCUGUCAAGGCUAGAGGCCCAGACCAAGAGCCGCCUGCCCCAGCGGUGAUCUGGGGCAGCGGAGGGAGAAGCCGGGCACCGCUGGAGCUGCUCGGACGGCUCAGGGAGUGGCUGGAGGCCUGGGUCUUCGUCCUCUGUGCGACCCGGGCAGCCCCUCCUCUCCCUGCAGAGCGGUGCUGGACACUGUUCCCCGCUGCGGCGUGCGCGCAGGACCAGCCGCGGUGGCCGAGCAGGCGGCGAGACUUCGGCGCUGCUCCUGCUGGGUGCGACCCCAGGGCGCACCCGCCGCGCAACGAUGAGGGCGCGGCCGCAGGUCUGCGAGGCGCUGCUCCUCGCCCUGGCGCUCCAGACCGGCGUGUGCUACGGCAUCAAGUGGCUGGCACUGUCCAAGACGCCAGCGGCCCUGGCACUGAACCAGACGCAGCACUGCAAGCAGCUGGAGGGCCUAGUGUCAGCGCAGGUGCAGCUGUGCCGCAGCAACCUGGAGCUCAUGCACACCAUCGUGCACGCCGCCCGAGAGGUCAUGAAGGCCUGCCGCAGGGCCUUUGCUGACAUGCGCUGGAACUGCUCCUCCAUCGAACUCGCCCCCAACUACCUGCUUGACCUGGAGAGAGGGACCCGGGAGUCAGCCUUCGUGUAUGCGCUGUCGGCUGCCACCAUCAGCCAUGCCAUCGCCCGGGCCUGCACCUCUGGCGACCUGCCCGGCUGCUCCUGCGGCCCUGUGCCAGGUGAGCCACCCGGGCCCGGGAACCGCUGGGGAGGAUGUGCGGACAACCUCAGCUACGGGCUCCUCAUGGGGGCCAAGUUUUCCGAUGCUCCUAUGAAGGUGAAAAAAACAGGAUCCCAAGCCAAUAAGCUGAUGCGUCUGCACAACAGUGAAGUGGGGAGACAGGCUCUGCGUGCCUCUCUGGAAGUGAAGUGUAAGUGCCAUGGGGUGUCGGGCUCCUGCUCCAUACGCACCUGCUGGAAGGGGCUGCCGGAGCUCCGGGAUGUGGCUGCCGACCUCAAGACCCGAUACCUGUCAGCCACCAAGGUUGUGCACCGGCCCAUGGGCACUCGCAAGCAUCUGGUGCCCAAGGACCUGGAUAUCCGGCCUGUGAAGGACUCCGAACUCGUCUAUCUGCAGAGCUCACCCGAUUUCUGCAUGAAGAAUGAGAAGGUGGGAUCCCAUGGGACACAAGACAGGCAGUGCAACAAGACCUCCAAUGGCAGUGACAGCUGCGACCUCAUGUGCUGCGGGCGUGGCUACAACCCCUAUACAGACCGCGUGGUGGAGCGGUGCCACUGCAAGUACCACUGGUGCUGCUAUGUCACCUGCCGCAGGUGUGAGCGCAUGGUGGAGCGCUACGUCUGCAAGUGAGGGCGCGACCUCCGCCACACAGGGGUGCGGCAGCGGUGGGGCCUGCAGAUGCCCCGUGGACCUUUCCUUGCGAAUUCCUGAUGCCGGGCGUGUGUGGCAGGCAGCAUGGGCUAUGCCCCCUUGGAAGCCAUCAGGGACAGAAGGCCUGGUCACCCUGGAAGGAGAGCCUGACAUCAAAAGAAGCCGACAAGAUUAAAAAUAACCUAGCAGCUCAGGCAGUGCCCAGGCGCCGCCUUCCAGGCUGGUCCAAGGAGCCAGGGGCAAGGAAUUGCGAGACUGUACGGACCUGACCUUUCAGGGCCAGGAGACCGGCCUUCAGGAAUGCUCUGCGGGGCUCUCGGCCCGCCACAUGGAACCACUAGCUUGGGUUGUAAAUGUUUUUUGAUUUUCGUUUUUGUUUUUUGAUGUUUUUUUCAUUUUUUCCUUUGGGGUGUGGGAGCUACAGAAAUAUUUAUAAAACAUAGCUUUUUCUUUGGGGUGUUUUACCUCAGUUCCUCUUUAUAUAUUUUAUAUAUAAAUGUAUAUAUAUAUAAUGAUCUAUAUUUUAAACAGGCUUUUUAAACAGCUGUAUGAAAUAAAUGCUGAAUGACCCCUA